CCAUUGCGUUCCAUGAAAUACUUGUUUGUGCGCACAUAUCUUUAUUGUUACAGCUUAAAAAAAAAUUAAGGGGGUAUCCAGGCAUGCUAGGAAUUGUUGUUUUGCAAUAUCUGGAGGUCCACAGUUAGGAGACCACUGAUCUAUAAUGACGGCCAUAUUGGCUACUACCCAGCAGUCUUCCCAAAACAUUGCUGAGAAAAACUAUGAUGAUUUAGAAUUUUUCUGAUCUAAGGGGCAAAUGCUCCUAGGGACUAUGGUUAUCCUGUUAACUAUUAGGCGGCCAUUUUGUUAGGUGAUCAUCCUGUGUUUAUCGAGGUAGCGAGUGAUCUCAGUUGUUCCUUUUAAGAAUAUAUAGGCCAUAUCUUAUAGUCCCGGAGAAGACUGGGUCAUCAGCAGCGAUAACAACGAUCUCUCCUAUGUCUCGGAGUUGUUCUCCCAGGGUCCCCAGCGGUUGUCCUUCUUCAGCUGGUAUGGGAACGUACGGCUCUUCCAGUUCCGGGUGCCGGCCGAUGCCGUGCUGCUCCGGUGGCUCCUUCAGGCUUCUCGGGGGAAGGGGGGCGGCUGUGGAGACGUGGAGAUCACAGUACACUUCCGAUAUGGAGCCCCGCCGGUGAUUAACCCCUUAAACUCCAGCUUCGCCCCAAACACCAGUGUCCCGUUCUCGUUCACUCAGACGAUGACGUUUCGGAAUACUAUGCAGAGCACCUUAUACCUGAAUAUCAGCAAUCCCGCGCCCGGGGACUGGUUUGUCGCUGCGCACCUGCCCAAAGCUACGGAGAAAAUAGAGAUUCAGGGUCUCACCACCUCCUGUACGUACGUUUUCCAGCCAGAGCUGUUUGUCCUCCGAGAAGUGGACGUGCCAAUUUUGCAGGCGAAUGUGCCCGUGCAGCAAGUUCUGGAAUCGAUAAAGAAUGCGGCUCGCUACAAGAUCUUUGUCCCUGAAUAUACCCGGGAGCUGCAUCUCCAGCUGCUGAAAUGCUCUUCCAAUUCCACCGAAUGUCCUCUGAAAGUCACCAUAGGGUCGGUAACGCAGCCAGGCUCCUCUGCCCACACGGUCAACUGCAGUGACGGUCCGGACUGCGGCAUUCUCCUGCAUUCUCCGCCCUGGGAGAAGUGGCUGAACGUCCUGGUGGAGAAGCCGGCGUGGCUGAAUGGCAGCGUGUCCUUUGAUCUGGUGUACAACCUCUCAGUCUGUAGACCGGGGAGUGUAGGGUCCAGAUCGUUCAUGGCUUUCCUGAACAUGUUCUCCCAGAAUAACUCCGCCUUGUUAAGAGACGGCCGGCAGCUUACCCCCAACACCACUGCCGCCCCGGUGACCGAGGGCUCCACCUCCUGUCUGCGCAAAUACCCCGUCAUCCGGGAGGAACUGGACGUGGUAUCCGUGAGGUUCCAUCCUGUGACUACUCCAUCCGUGCCUGUGGUUGCCCAGCUGCCUAGCGUGGUCCUGCUUGACCUCGACUCAGAAAUGGACAGCGGUGGCACGCUGGUUGUCAACUUGCAGUUGAAUAAGACAGGUGUGAACAGUACCGUCAUGGCGUGCCUGAGCCCCGCCGCCCCCGUCCUGACUCUGAACGUUACGCAGAAUUGCGACACAGCUUUCUCACAGGGAUAUUCCUUCAACCUGUCCGACGGAGCGACUAGCGGAACUCACAUCAUCCCCUACCCUGUGACCGAUAGGUGGUAUCUCUCUAUGCAAGUCCUGUGCCCAGUGGAUGACAGCACAUGUCAGCAGCAGGUCUCCAGGGUGAUAGUGACCGCCUACCUCAGCCCCUGUCUGGAUGAAUGCGGAACAUAUGGGGAGUGCAGGCUGCUCCGGAGGAACGGAUAUCUGUACGCCGCCUGCAGCUGCAAAGCAGGCUGGGCCGGUUGGAGCUGCACAGACGAUCGAAACGCACUGUCGGUGGCGCAGCAAUUGACGGCCACUUUAUUACUGACGCUCAGUAACCUGAUGUUUAUACCUACUAUAGUAGUUGCUGUUUAUCACCUGUAUUUUGUGGAGGCUGCUGUCUACGCCUACACCAUGUUCUUCUCAACGUUCUAUCAUGCCUGUGACCAGCCCGGGGUGACCGUCAUGUGCAUUAUGGACUAUGACACCCUGCAGUUCUGCGACUUCUUUGGCUCUGUCGUUGCCAUCUGGGUGACCAUACUAUGUAUGGCCCGGCUGAAGAAAAUCGUCAAAUAUGUCCUCUUCAUGCUGGGGACAUUAGUCAUUGCGAUGUCCAUGCAGCUUGACCGCCGAGGGAUCUGGAACAUGCUGGGCCCCUGUCUUUUUGCUUUAAUACUCCUGGUGAUUUGCUGGACAACUCGGGGAGUGAGGCGUCGCCACUGUUACCCUCCAAGCUGGCAGCGCUGGGUGUUUUUCCUCCUACCUGGAGUAGUCUUGGCAUUGACCGCCAUUUCGGUUUACGUCUUCGCAGAAACCAACGCCAAUUACUUUUACACUCACAGCCUCUGGCACAUCAUGGUGGCUGCCAGCGUAGCGUUUCUCCUCCCACCUCGUGAGAGAAGUAAAAAAUCUUGGGCGUGGUCCCAGCUGCUGGACUGUGGGUACAAAAUCUGCCAGGAAGACCGCGAGGAACUGUACGUGGUGACGUGAUUGUAUCGGAAUUCCAUCCGGGGGAAGGAAACCUGGAGCCUGUCACUUUAAAGGGGUAUUCCAGGAAAAAAAGCUU